AUGGCGUCCUUCCCGCCGCCACCGCACACGCUACCUCCUCCCCCGACAACACCCUACCCGGCAACUCCUCCGCCUCUGCACCAGCAGCAGCAGCAGGGGCCCGCUCCAGCGGGGGCGGCGACGCUGCUGGUGCGGCACCUCCCAGAGGCUAUCACGCAGGAGAUGUUAUCCCGCCUCUUCUCCCACUACGGCGCCACAUCCGUCCGCCCCUGUUCCGGUGGAAAGUUGAGGAAUUGUGCAUUCGUAGAUUUUAGGGAUGAGGCGGCAGCCAGUCACGCACAUUCGCUCUUGAACAGGUUGAGGUUUCUGGGGAAAGUGUUGACUGUCGAGCGAGCUAACCGUCCAAAUGCAAAUGAUUCUCACCUGAAGCAUCAGGACCAAUUAGUGCAUGGGGCGUCCCAGGUACCAAGUAUUAGUUCCCAAAACCAGAAGGAUCACACAUCGACUGCUGAACCAAUUGCCCCCAAGCUUGGUGUGGACUAUCCAUUCCCUCCGCACCUUGAGUAUGCAUAUCCACCACCAGAUGGAAACAUAUUGACAAAUAUUGUCAAUGCCCUGAUUGCCGUCCCUCGAUUCUAUAACCAGGUCCUGCAUUUAAUGAACAAGAUGAACCUUCCUGCUCCAUUUCGGAUGGCAUUGCCUACUCCACCGCUACCAUCGCAAGUGCCUGUUACCCCUCAUCCUCAGCCACUACCGCAAUCUACUACCACCGGGGAGCUUCAUACGGCUGAUUUGUCUAGUGAUGAGUCUGAGUUAGAAUCAUCUGAUGAAGAUAUUGAUAAACGGAAAAGCAAACGUGCAAAGAAUGAAGCAAUUGUUGGUCCUGCCGUUGAUAAAAGUGUUGCUCAUGAAGCAGUGGGAGUGAAACCUGUUGCAUUGGUUUCUAAUGAGCUUCAAGUGAUCAAAAAGAAAAACCCAGUACUUCAGAUAAAAAUUGCCGCUAAGCCUAUACAGAAGGAACCACCUGUCCAAAGUAUGACUGAAAAUGAACCUGAUUCAACUCAUGAACAACUUCAAGAGAAACAUUUUGUCACACCUCAGGAAAUGUCGAGAGAGAAAUUACCACCAGAGGAGAUUUUAUCCCUUCCUAUGUUCAAGAAUUACACUCCAGGAAAUCCUGCCAGUGUUUUGUACAUUAAGAACUUGGCAAAGGAUGUCACUCAUGAUGACUUCUACUAUGUCUUUGGCUCUGUAUUUGAAAGCAUGGACAGUGCAAGGUUGGGUCUAAGUAUAAAAUUAAUGCAGGAAGGACGGAUGCGUGGCCAAGCCUUUGUCACAUUUCCCACGGUUGAACUUGCUCAACGUGCCCUGAAUCUAGCGCAUGGCUAUGUGUUCAAAGGAAAACCAAUGAUCAUACAAUUUGGAAGAAAUCCUGCUGCUAACAAAGCUUCCUAA